UACGCAGUACUUCAACUCCCACAAUUCCUCGCGUGCUUCUGUGCGUGCUUGUCAAGGGUUAUGGGGUCUUCUUGAAGCGUAGAUAAAUCGCAACUCUCUCUUUAACAACUAAAUAAGAUGGCAGCUGACUCCACAGAUAAAAAGGAUGCCGAAUCCUCAACAAGUAAAGACAGAGAAAGGAGACGUUCACGAGAACGGGACCGCAAACCAUCACCUUUGCGCAAACGCCAUCGGUCCCGUGAACGAAAUCGCUCCAAAUCUCCAGAUAGAGACCGCCGCAUGAAAGACAAGGACAGAGACAAGGAUCGUGAUAGAGACAAAGACAGAGACAAAGACAGAGACAGGGGCCGCAAGGACAGAGACAGCCACCGCCGUGAUAAAGAUCGCAGUAAGAGAAGCCCCUCACCAAAGUCUAAGGAUGGCAAGAUGAAGAGAGAGAAGGAUAUAAAACUAGAGGAAGAAGAAGAUGAAAAAAAGAAAAAGGUCCAACCAUUGUCUUUGGAGGAGCUUCUGGCCAAGAAAAAGGCAGAGGAGGAAGCAGAAGCAAAACCCAAGUUCUUGUCAAGAGCAGAGCGGGAAGCUGAGGCCCUGAAGCGCAGAGAGCAGCAGGUAGAGGAGAAGAAGAAAGUAAUAGAUGACGAGAGAAAGAAAAGAAGGGCGUUCCAGGACAUGGGGAGAAAAAUGAUGGAGGACCCCCAAGAAAGGGAGAGACGAGAGAGAAGGGAGAGGAUGGAGCGAGAGAACAACGGGAAUGAAGAUGACGAUGAACGACAGAAGCUCAGAACGGAGAAAGAUAAAAGUAAAGAACUCCACGCCAUUAAGGAGCGGUAUCUAGGUGGUGUUAAAAAACGGCGGCGAACUCGUCACCUCAACGACAGGAAGUUUGUUUUUGAGUGGGACGCUUCAGAGGACACUUCGGUUGACUACAACCCCAUUUACAAGGAGAAACAUUCGGUGCAGCUGUAUGGGCGGGGCUUCAUAGCUGGCAUCGACUUGAAGCAACAAAAAAGAGAGCAGUCACGUUUCUAUGGCGAUCUGAUGGAGAAAAGACGCACGCUGGAAGAGAAAGAGCAGGAAGAGGUAAGAUUAAAGAAGAUGCGUAAGAAGGAAGCCAAGCAGCGCUGGGACGACAGACAUUGGUCUCAGAAGAAACUGGAUGAGAUGACGGACAGAGACUGGCGAAUCUUCAGGGAGGAUUACAGCAUCACCACCAAGGGAGGAAAGAUCCCCAAUCCCAUCAGGAACUGGAAGGAGUACCAGCUGCCCGCGCACAUCCUGGAGGUCAUCGACAAAUGCGGCUACAAGGAUCCAACCCCGAUUCAGAGGCAGGCCAUUCCUAUUGGCUUACAGAACCGUGACAUCAUCGGUGUGGCCGAGACGGGUAGCGGUAAAACAGCAGCCUUCCUCAUUCCACUGCUGGUCUGGAUCACAACUCUGCCCAAGAUUGACAGGAUUGAAGACUCGGACCAGGGUCCGUACGCUGUUAUCUUGGCUCCAACUCGUGAGUUGGCUCAGCAGAUUGAAGAAGAAACCAUCAAAUUCGGAAAACCUCUGGGCAUUCGAACUGUGGCUGUGAUUGGAGGAAUCUCCAGAGAGGACCAAGGGUUCAGGCUCAGGAUGGGCUGUGAGAUCGUCAUUGCCACCCCUGGUCGUCUGAUCGACGUGCUGGAGAACCGUUACCUGGUCCUGGGCCGCUGCACCUACGUGGUGCUGGAUGAGGCCGAUCGUAUGAUUGACAUGGGCUUCGAGCCUGACGUCCAAAAGAUUCUGGAGUACAUCCCGGUGACCAAUCAGAAACCAGACACCGAUGAAGCAGAGGACCCCGAGAAAAUGACAAUGAACUUUGAAUCUGGGAAACACAAAUACAGACAAACGGUUAUGUUUACGGCUACGAUGCCUCCAGCUGUGGAGAGGCUGGCCAGGAGCUACCUGAGACGUCCUGCUGUGGUUUACAUCGGCUCUGCUGGUAAACCUCACGAGAGAGUGGAACAGAAGGUCCUGCUCAUGGGGGAGGGAGAGAAGAGGAAAAAGAUGCUGGAGGUUUUGGCGCAUGGCUUCGAGCCGCCCAUCAUCAUCUUCGUCAACCAGAAGAAGGGUUGCGACGUUCUGGCCAAGUCUCUGGAGAAGAUGGGAUACAACGCCUGCACGCUCCACGGUGGCAAAGGCCAGGAGCAGAGAGAGUUUGCUCUCUCCAACCUUAAGGCAGGAGCCAAAGAUAUCCUGGUGGCCACAGAUGUUGCUGGUCGAGGUAUCGAUAUCCAGGACGUCUCCAUGGUCAUCAACUACGACAUGGCCAAGAACAUUGAAGAUUACAUUCAUCGUAUCGGUCGUACGGGUCGUGCCGGUAAGAGUGGUGUGGCCAUGACUUUCCUCACUAAGGAGGACUCUGCCGUGUUUUAUGACUUGAAGCAGGCCAUCCUGGAGAGCCCGGUCUCCACCUGCCCGCCGGAGCUGACCAACCACCCAGACGCCCAGCACAAACCUGGAACCAUCCUGACCAAGAAGAGGCGCGAGGAGACCAUCUUUGCUUGAUUUUCUUUUUUAUUUCCAAUGAACAGACUGCACUGCAGGUUCCAACGUAUUGCAUUGUAUUAUGUAAUGUCCUUUUUGGGGGGAAAAGACUGGUGAGAGAGGAAUGGACCGCUGCGCUUGUUAUCCGCCUGUAAACAGGAGUCUGGUUACCUGCAUUGUUUAAAUGCCACACGUGAUAAACGGCAGCCAGAUAUGACCGGGUCUUUUUCUUCUUUGUUUCCCUAAAGUAAACUUCUCACCAUAAUUUUAGUCCUCUAAAUGUGUAAGAGCCCCAUCCUAGAUGUGAUGUGGGUUUCUUUUGCUUUGGAUGUAUCUGUAGACUAAAUUGCAAUCAGCUGUUUUAAAUAUAAACAUUUUUAUGAUGUGACUACAACAAAUAUGUGUGUUUGUCCCUUCAAAAGUGUAAAUAUUUUCAAGUAAUAGAUUACCAAAGAGGGAACUUCUCCCCUUGUUUACAUGCCAGUUUGCUCAUAAAUGUUACUAGUUUUAUUCUUAGAUUAAAACUGGAUUUAUUAGUAGGAUAUGCUUGUUUGAAAAGUC